CUUCACUAAUGAACCAAAGAGUAUUUGGGCUUAUCUCUCUCUCUUUCGAUUCAAUAUGCAUUCAUCCUCCUCCUCCUAACGCACUGGAAAACAGAGACUCCGUAAAGCACCUGCGAUCAGAGCCGACGAACCCUAAUCCGAUCAAUCAGCUGAUCGGCAUCGGCGAAACAAAAAGCACUCCGAUCAGCAUAGUACUUCUUGAAGAAUGUUUGUCUCUCUGGCUUGGGAACACUGCACGAAGCUCAAACCAAACUCGAGUAAUGAUUUGGUAUGCAAUUUUUGUGGUCGUAUAAGUAAUGGUGGGAUUAGAAGAUUCAAACAACAUCUGAUCAGAGGGCAUCGUAACACAGUAGAAUGUCCUACUGUUCUGGAAGGGUUGAAGACAAGUCUCCGAGACUUGGUUUUGAAAGAGGCGGGAUCGAGCAUCAACUAGUAAUCUAAUGGUUCAAGAAGUUGAAGAAGAUGAGAUAUUACCAUUAUAUAUUCAUAUCUUAAAUUUUGAGACUAAAUUUUAAGUUUGAAUUACUUCUGAGUUUGCUCAAGUUGUUUUACUACUAGCACCUUAGAUCGUUUUGGAUUUGGAAUAACUUCUUAUUUGUGUUUUUAUUUCUAACAUUACUAUUUAGAUCAAUUUUAUUAUUAUAAUUAAUUAUUGUGUCCCCAUUUCAGAAUUUGAGACGCAAAAAGGCCAACCAACCUAGAGGCGGUCGGGGUUGAUUUCGUGUAAAGGGCGACAAGAUCUUUAAAGGAUUUGAAAUAGAAGAGGUGACGGCUGCCAUGGAAAGCGACGGAAACUCCUAUUGUGAAUGCCAACUCCAAGGUUCGCAUUUUGAUCAGCGCAAUCUCGUCAAUUGUCAUAUCUAAACUCAUAUGUCUUGUAAAAGUAGUUUCGGCCAGAUAAGUGUUAUUUGAUUUUUUGAUUUAGUAGAACUCUGACUCUGAACACAUGGUCGCUGGUGAGGGAAUCACACCCAGUGGCACAUAUUGAGGUAGAGAAAUGAUGACCUAAUUGACAAAAUCACGGGGAGGAAGCAUUUUCCGCAGAACAAAUAACACUCAUCUGGCCCGAAAUUACUUUUAAUUUACAAGACAUACGUGUUAGAUAGGACAAUUGACAAGAUUGAGCAGAUCAAAAUGCAAAUCUUGGAGUUGGCAUUCACAAUAGGAGUUUCUGCCGCUUUCCAUGGCAAUCGUCAACUCUUCUAUUUCGAAUCCUUUAAAAAUCUUGUCGUCCUUUACACCAAAUCAACCCCAACCGCCUCUAGGUUGGUUGGCCUUUCUGCGUCUCAAAAUUUGAAAUGGGGACAUAAUAAUGAAUUAUGAUAAUAAAACUAAAACAAAUUAAACCCAAUCUAGGAAUCCUGGGUUAUGGGAUGCAAUGUACCAGAAAUUCUUGUGUAACUAAUUAACUCAUCGUACUACAUAUGAAUUUGAUUAUGCAAUUAAAAACUCCUACUGCAU